UUGAAGUCUUUGGUAAAGAUUUUUAUCGUUUACAGUAAUAGCAAUGUCAACGCAGAUCGAUCACUCAUAGUCAAAGAGCUGCAGGUGCGGAAGGAGUUAGAGUUUGCUCUCAUAGAUUUGUUGAACGGAAUAAUGCGCACAGACGCUGUAACUUGCGUGACUGUUGUAUGCGACACGGUUUACUUGAGCGUCUUCGAGGGGACGCUGUUUAGAAGAACGAUCACAGUACCUUUUGUCAUGAUAGUGGUGGAGGAAUCUGAGGACUUGCUCUCACCAAACUUCGAUACCCUUGAAUCAUUGCGAGAAUCCAGGAAAGAUGGUUGUAAUGUCUACGUGAUUAUAUUAGCAAAUGGACUCCAAGUAACCAGACUUUUAAGGUUCGGAGACAGAUAUCGCAUAUUGGACACCAGAGCAAAAUACAUAAUGCUUCACGAUGUCAGACUUUUCCAUAGCAGACUACACUAUAUCUGGAAAAGAAUUGUCAACGUUGUCUUUUUAAAGUACCACAAAACUAUCGUUGGUAACGCCAGAGGCAAAGCGUGGUUCGAUCUGUCCACGGUACCAUUCCCUAAUCCCAUAAAAGGUAUCUUCAUAUCCCGCCGUGUUGAUAUAUGGCGAAACGGCAAAUUUCAUUACGGUAGAGAUCUAUUCGCCGACAAAACAAGAAAUCUUAACAAGGAAGUGUUGAAUGUAGUUUAUUACGAUCAUGUACCCUCGGUUAUUGUAAUGAAGUCUAAUGAAUCUACUAAGGUUGGAGGUGUUGAAAUUGAAAUCCUCAAUACGUUAGCCCAGAAAAUGAAUUUUGCACCCAAAUUGUAUCAAUCAUUUAACGCGGAAGCUCACAAAUGGGGUCAAAAGCAAUCAAACGGCUCUUUCUCUGGCCUUCUCGGGGAAAUGGUCAAUGGCAAAGCGGACUUGGCGCUUGGCAACUUGCAGUACACGCCCUAUCACUUGGAACUGACCGACCUAAGCAUUCCGUAUACGUCGCAAUGUUGGACUUUCCUCACUCCGGAGGCUCUCACUGAUAACUCAUGGAAAACGCUUGUUUUACCCUUCAAGCUUUACAUGUGGAUAGCUGUGUUAUUAGUUUUGUUGGUCACUGGCUCUAUAUUUUAUGGACUAGCAGUGUAUUACGUGAACCUCUUGGAUUGCACCAAUACUUUGCCAAUUACGGAAAAGCCUACCGCCGGCGCAAAACCAGUUGGCCUGUAUUUGUUCGGUGAAAUAACGAACAGUAUACUCUACACGUAUGGAAUGUUACUGGUAGUUUCUUUACCCAAGCUGCCGUCUGGAUGGUGUAUUCGAGUACUGACAGGAUGCUACUGGCUGUACUGUAUAUUGCUUGUAGUAUCUUACAAAGCGAGUAUGACAGCUAUACUUGCAAACCCGGCGCCUAGAGUUACUAUCGACACGUUAAAAGAAUUGGUGGACAGCAAAAUCACUUGUGGCGCCUGGGGUGGCGAAUCUAAGAAAUUUUUCCUGGAGUCACUCGAUGAAAUAGGCCAAAAAAUCAGCGAUAGAUUAGUAAACGUCGACAAUCCCGAAGAAGCUGCCAGUAGGAUCGCUGAUGGAGUGUUCGCAUAUUACGAUAGCUCCGAUUUCCUCAAAUAUUUAAGCGUCAAGCGGAAAAAUUCACGCAUGGAGUUUGAAAAUUCGACUGCAAAUAACAUUGAAGUUUCCAAAACAGAAAGGGACCUCCACAUCAUGACAGACUGUGUCGUAAACAUACCCAUCUCUAUAGGUUUUCAUAAAAAUUCUCCAUUGAAACCUCUAGCUGAUGUUUAUAUACGGAGAAUUGUUGAAGUUGGUCUUGUAGAGAAAUGGUUAAAUGAUGCCAUGUAUAGAAUAAUAACGAUGGACACCUCUGAGGAAGAAGUCAAAGCUUUGAUCAAUUUGAAAAAGCUUUAUUGUGCUUUCAUAGCUUUAGCGAUUGGCUAUACUCUGAGUUUCUUAUGCUUGCUGGGAGAGUUCAUUCAUUGGCAUUUUAUAGUCAAAAAGGAUCCUAACUUUGAUAAAUAUGCCAUGGAUAUUUAUUAUAUAAAAAAAAAUAAAAAGCAUAAAAUUUAGAACUAAAUUAUUUAUUAAGGAAAAGUAU